AUGGUGUGGGACUCCAUAUUCUGUGUUCUCUUGAUCUGCCUGGUGGACAGAGUUGCUGUCAGAAGUGUUCCUGGGAUGAGAACCAAAGAUCUUCGUCAGUCCAGGCCUCUGAUUGUACCAGGGUAUCCAGAAAACACCACAGCGGUAGUUGGAGGUCAAGCAAAACUCUUGUGCAAAGUCCACAGGCCACUAUCUACUAAGGUGCAAUGGCUAAAGACAGAUUCAAGCAGCUCAGGACAAACCCAAGGAGGACCAUCUCGCAUCAAGCCCCUGACAUCCCUGAAAAGUAAUGGCCCCAAGGUCAACACUCUCCAUCUGUCCAAUAUCACCAUGGGAGAUGCAGGCGAGUACAUCUGCAUGGCUGAGAGUGUCCAUGGAGGACAGACAGUUCAGGCAAUGCAAUCCGCAUGGCUGGAAGUCCUGCCUGGUAUCAUCAAUUCUAGAAAUGUAGAAAUGACUGCUGCUGACAUCCAAACAGAGGUUUCUCAAGACCAUAGCGACGACACAACAGAGCAUCUUCUUCUGGAGCCAGGAAACAUCCUGAAGCUGCGCUGUGACACGAACAUCCGACCGGGCAUGGCUGUGAAUUGGUACAAGGAAGGAGUCCGGCUUCUACCUACACCCCGCAUCCAGAUGCGUGGUGCAAUCAUGGAGAUCACAGAUGUGACAUACGAGGAUUCAGGACUGUAUGUGUGUGUUCUCCGGGGAAGCAAAAACCCCGUGAGGAACUUCACCAUCACUGUGGCAGAUAUGCUAGGCUCAGGGGACGAUGAUGAGGACAGUGGCUUGGAGGACUCCUCUGCUGAAAUUGAGAAUGACCAAGUUUACCUCUCCAGAGGUCCCUAUUGGACCCACACCCAGCGUAUGGAAAAGAAGCUUUAUGCUGUUCCUGCAGGAAACACUGUGAAGUUUCGUUGCCCUGCAAUGGGCAGUCCAAUACCAACAAUUCGCUGGCUCAAAAACGGACGUGAGUUCAGAGGAGAGCACCGCAUCGGGGGAAUUAAGCUAAGACAUCAGCACUGGAGCCUGGUGAUGGAGAGCGUUGUACCCUCAGACAGAGGGAACUACACGUGCGUGGUGGAGAACAAAUAUGGAUCCAUUACUCACAGCUAUGUUCUCGAUGUUCUGGAGCGCUCCCCCCACAGGCCUAUCCUGCAAGCUGGUUUACCGGCCAACACCACAGCAGUGGUAGGCAGCGAUGUUCAGUUCCACUGCAAGGUUUACAGCGAUGCUCAGCCUCAUAUUCAGUGGCUAAAGCACAUUGAAAGAAAUGGCAGUCGCUAUGGUCCUGAUGGGACUCCCUACGUUCAGGUCCUUAAGACUGGAAGUCUGAACAUGUCAGAGGUGGAGGUGCUUUACCUUUUCAAAGUUACCAUGGAGGAUGCAGGAGAAUACACUUGCUUAGCCGGUAAUUCCAUCGGCUUUGCCCACCAGUCUGCCUGGCUCACUGUGAUUUCAGAAGAAGAAGCUGAGUCAAUGGAAGCUAUGGAGACCAAGUACACUGACAUCAUCAUCUAUGCCUGUGGAUUCGUGGCUCUGAUCAUGGCCAUCAUCAUUGUGGUGCUGUGUCGGAUGCAGGUGCACCCAAGAAGAGAGCCUUUUGAUGCCCUUCCUGUACAGAAGCUCUCAAAGUUUCCUCUUCGCAGACAGUAUUCAGUGGAAUCAAACUCUUCUGGAAAGUCCAGUGCAUCUCUGAUGAGGGUGGCUCGCCUCUCGUCCGGCUGUUCCCCCAUGCUGGCUGGAGUGAUGGAGUUUGAGCUGCCCUACGAUCCAGACUGGGAGUUUCCCAGGGAAAACUUGACACUAGGAAAACCUCUAGGAGAGGGCUGCUUUGGUCAGGUGGUCAGGGCUGAAGCCUUUGGCAUCAACAAGGACUGCCAGGAUCAGGCCACCACUGUAGCGGUCAAGAUGCUCAAAGAUGAUGCCACAGACAAAGACCUUGCAGACCUUAUUUCAGAGAUGGAGCUGAUGAAAGUGAUGGACAAACACAAGAACAUCAUCAACCUACUGGGGGUCUGCACACAGGAUGGCCCCUUGUAUGUGGUGGUGGAGUAUGCCUCCAAAGGCAGUUUGAGGGAGUACCUGCGGGCCAGGCGACCUCCAGGCAUGGAUUACACCUUUGAUGUGACUAAAGUGCCUGAGGAGCAGCUCACCUUCAAAGACCUGCUUUCCUGUGCUUACCAGGUGGCCAGAGGGAUGGAGUACCUGGCCUCGAAAAGGUGCAUCCACAGAGACUUGGCAGCCAGGAACGUUCUGGUAACAGAGGACAAUGUGAUGAAGAUUGCUGACUUUGGCUUAGCCAGAGGCGUCCACCAGAUCGACUACUACAAGAAAACCACCAAUGGACGGCUGCCAGUGAAAUGGAUGGCACCGGAAGCUUUGUUUGACAGAGUUUACACUCAUCAGAGUGAUGUGUGGUCAUUUGGUGUUCUGAUGUGGGAGAUUUUCACAUUGGGGGGUUCGCCAUACCCAGGCAUUCCUGUUGAGGAGCUCUUCAAGCUGCUAAAGGAGGGACACCGCAUGGACAAGCCCUCAAACUGUACACAUGAACUCUACAUGCUGAUGCGUGAAUGUUGGCAUGCUGUUCCCACCCAGAGACCAACGUUCAAACAGCUGGUGGAGGAGCUGGACAAAGCUUUGUUGUCCAUCUCUGACGAGUACUUGGACCUUUCCACCCCAUUUGAGCAGUACUCCCCAUCUUGUGAGGACACUUCCAGUUCCUGCUCCUCAGAUAACGACUCAGUUUUUACGCACGAUGCCUUGUCCACUGACCCUUGCCUGCUGGCCUACCAGGACGUUCGCUCUAGGAUAGACCCAAAAACAGCUCUCAGAUAGACUCCAGAACACCACACCAGAGUGGAAACUGCCUUGAGCUGCCGCCUGGUACCAAAACUGAAGGUCAACAGCUGCAUUUCUUGAGUUAAAGGUUUAAUUCUUGUUGGACUUUGUUAUUAAAGCCCUUAGAUAGAAGUAGGCAUUUAUAUUCAUACACAUGGAGCACUGAGGCUGGCAAGCUUCUUCACAGCCUGGAGGUCUUAAGAAAAACAUUUCUGCGUUCAGAAGAACAAGCAAAACUCUGGACUACCUGCUUGGAAACAGCUGCUAACGUUAAAAAGAAACAUGGCACUAAACUCAAAAGAAGAGACCCUGAAACUCAAAACUCACUAAAGUGCUUUUUCUGUCUCGCCUUUGGAGAGGCGACGGACAAAGAUCUGCAUCCACCCUCCACCCACCCAAAAACCAGGGCUUCAAAUCUUGGUUGUGAGGACAUUUUAAAGAAAAGAUAAUUAUUUUGCUAUGUUAAAAAGUUAAGAAAUUGAUUGUCAAUAUAAAUUACUCUAUAUAAUAUUUUACAUUUGUAUUACUUAUUUAAAAACAAAGGUCUUAAAUCUCAGGAUCUCACGUUAAGAAGUUGCUGCGGUGGCAGCAAAGUGCCUGAACUGAUGAUUUCCUGUGAAUAUAUUAAAAAAGUUAAAUAUUUUA